UAUAGUUUAGAUGGAUAGACAGUUAGAAAGGUUAAGAGAACUGGAUGGUUGGGCUUAGCAUGGUGGUUAACGGAUCAUACUCUGCCCAGAGGCUCAUUAACAGGUGGAAUGCUGUAGGUUAGUGCAGGACUUUAUCAAUUACCUGGAGUAGGCAAUAGAGUGCACUCUUGUAAAGGUUACAGAAGACAUCAAGGCAGUGGCUCCAAAACAUUCGAAGUAGAGCUGCUGUUCAGAGGGACCUAUCUAGAGUGGAGGAAUGAGCUGACAGGAACACUAUGAAUUUCUAUGUGGGGAAAAAAGACAAAGUUGUGCAUAUGGGAAGGAAAAGCCCCCAGCAGGGAUACAAGCUAGGAACUGACAGGCUGGUGGGAGCAGCUCUGUGGUAGAGACCCCAGAGCUACUGGCAGACAACAAGCUGGGUGAGAGCCAGCAGUGUGUCCUGCCUGUAAAAGAGGUCAACAGCAUCCUGGGCUGUAUCACCAUAUGCAUAGCCAGUAGCUUAAGGAAAGUGAUGAUCUCCCUCUACUCAGCACUCAUUGGGUCACAUCUAGGUACCACAUUCAGUUGCAGGCCCCCCAGUAUGGGAAUGCUCUUGAUCAACUGGAGCAAGUUCAGCAGAGGUCACCAAGAUUGUCAGAGAGGCUGGAGAACUUGCCCUGUGACGAGAGGAUGAGAAAACGGGGCUUGUUCUAUCUGCAGAAGAGAAGGUGUAGGGAGACAGAGGCAGGUGGAGGCCUAAGACCAGCCAGCCAGCACCUACAGGGAGGUUAUCAAGACAAUGGAGCCUGGCUCUGCACAAUGCUGCAUGGUGAGAGGGCAAAAGACAACAGGCAUGAGCUGCAACAAGAGAGGUUCAAACUGGAUAUAAGGAAGGACAUUGUCAUGGUGAAAAGAGUCAGGCAGUGGAGUGGGUACCCACCCAGGGAGGUUGUGCAGCCUCCAUCCUUGGAGGCUUUCAAGGCCAGGCCAGACCAGAAAAACCCACAGCAACCUGGUCUCAUCUCAGUUUGGACUAAAGAGCGCUAGAGGGCCCUUCCAUCCUGGAUUACUCUAUGAUCUUAAGUAAACAUUGAGGUACCAGUGACUUUCGGAUAUGGCAAUUCCUGUCCCAAGAAGAUUUUUAUCCUCCUCUCUCCCCAUCACUCUUUGGAAGGCUUCCUGGGUAGCUCCUGGGGGGAGAGGGGGCUGCAGGGCACAGGGGUAACAGUGGCAUAAAUAACAUGUUCUAGUCUGAAAGUAUGUCUAUUCAUUAAGAGUAUGUCCAAGAGGCACCCAUGCUAGAAAACACUCUUGCCACUGUUGCAGUGUUGGGGGCACGUCCUACCUCUUCCACACAAAGUUACAGUCAAAGAAUAAAUGUUAAUUGACACUUCAUUGUGUAGAGGAAAGCAAAGGCUAGGGUUACCAUUGGGGGCGGUGGGGGGAAUGUCUUCAAGCCCAAGCAGUAAAGUAUCUCAUUUCUGGAAGAGUAUAGCUUAGAACAUGAUGUAUUAGUCUCUAGGUCAUUGUGACUGGUUUUCUGCAAGUAAUGCAUCCUUUUUGGGAUCCUAAGAGAAAAGCCCCACCACAGAAAUACAGGAAGCUCUGAUAACCAGCUGGAGUAAAGUUGUCCUAAAGGCAACACUCUUGGCUUCUGGAGCCCAGGUUGCGGAGUAUUGCUUACCUUUCUAUUCAGCAGGCUCCAUUACAUUAUAACAAUCAUCCCAUUUUAAGUAAAUCUUUAUUUUUUAGGGAUUAAAAAGGCAGAAGCAAGAUAAGAUGGGAAUACAGAAUUCUCUGUUAUCCCACAUUCUGUUCUGUUAAUAUUAGAUAUGUAUGAAUAUCAUUGCAUUAGAUACAGAAAGACACGAUAAAUUCUGAAUUCUUGACAUCUUCUAGAUUAAAAUGCUAUAGUGUCAUGUAUCAAAAUUGGUUCCUACAGGGUUUGUGCAAAACUAGCUUCACAUACAGGUAUCAUUGCAGAUAGGAGGAAGGAAAAAAAAAAAAGUCUAGAUAGAUCUCACUUCUGUGCUCUCCAAGGCAGGGAAGAGAAUGUCCAAGGAGUAGAAAUACUUUUCUUCUAAAAUAUUGUAGUGAUUUCUUUUUAGGUCAUCAUCAGGCAUUAUAUUUCAUUUCAGUGUCAUCACUGAAAUGUUAAAACCUAAUUUUUGAGAGAAUAUAAUUGAAAAGAUGAGGUUGUAUCCAAGCAGGAGCAUUUCACAUAAGUCUUACAAAUAUUUUCUUGCUUUAUAAAUGUGGGUUUUUUCAUAUUGAUGAAAGAAACGCUGUCUUUUGUAUCUGGCUCGCGAUUCACAUGGCUUAGUCCUCAACUGUGGUACACAAAUGUGCUAUGCAAUAGAAUAGCUACAUUUUUAAAAGUUACCUUCUCUCACUUUUUGUAAUGUUCUUAGGACAGCUUUUUGGUUCUUUUUUUUUUUUUUUUUUUAGUUUGGCUCUACUCCCAGGUGACACAUUCAGAUGCAUCAGUCUGAUAAAAUUGUUUGCAAUAAAUAGAGAUUAAAAUAUGAAAAGAAUCAUGUGAGUAAGUAGAUGUUAAGUCCAAAACAAAGUAAACUUUUUCCUAUUGAUUUCAUUGCUGCAAAAAAAACGUAGCUCAGUAUGUAAAAUGGUUUGCUUUUUAUGCUUCUGUUUAUCUUGAUUUUUCUGGAAAAAUGAAGACAUCCUGUGAUUCAAAUUCUUCUUGGUCAAAUAUGCAGUUUAAUAAUUCACUCUAUUCUGCACUGUUACAUUCUGAUGCUUCCCAAUGGAGUAUUGUUCUGAUGCAGGUUUAGGCUUAUUGUGGGCUUGCAAAAUAUCAGUCAAAAUGUAUUUCAGAAAUUGUUUUGCUGACAGUAACAUAACUAACAGCUUGUACUAACAAAAAAAAUCUCUUGGUUUGAAACCUAUAUUGUUCUUUCCAUCUCAGUCUUAGCAUUCUUAGAAGACUUAAUUUUGCAUUUAAUGAAGUUAUGUAAAGUAGUAUGAACAAUUUAGCCUGUUUGAAUAAACAGGAACUUUGUCAGCUAGUGCAGGUGAGGAGUCAAAUAGGUUAAAAACUACUACUCAUAUUUAAGAGGGUAAUGACUGCCAUAACCAUUACAAAUACAAUAAAACCUAUAAAUUCAAAGAGUUGGCUUAUGUUUGAAGUACAAACAGUGGGACCAGUUCCAAAUGCUGUCAGGUGAGGAUGACUACAUGAACUUUCCCUAGUUCUUCAAGGCUGGCCAUGAUCCUAGUAGAAAUUUAGUCAUGCCAUCAUAUAUUCACUUGAUACAACUUAUUUUGCUUGUAGCUAUGUAAAACCCCCACAAGCCACAGAUCUUUUGAUUUUAGCUGUUAUGAAUUGUUUGGAGUUCAUUGAGAAACUAUAACAGUUAACCUUUUAUGCUGUAGGUGAUACUUAAAAUGUAUACAAAAUCACUUUUACUUAAGUGUGUCAUCCCAGUACAAACAAAGCAUCCAGUGAUCCUACUUAAAAGGAUCCUUGUGUUUAGUGGUAACAAAUAUAUUUAACCUCAUACAGUGAGGUAUGUUCUACUAUGAAGGACCUGCUAUUUAUGUUAGAAGUGUCUAGGUUCAGCAGUGUUACUUCAAUACAUGUUCUGAAAUAAUAAUUCUCAGCUUAACCUUCUUUCCUGUUUCCCCAUUUCAUUUUGGCCCUUACCUCAGUUUUCUCUACUUUAUCAUUCUCUGAUCUGUUUGAGCAGUUCCCCUAACAUUUAAAAACUUAAGUGUGGUGCUAUCUCCAUUAAAUUGUGCUCCAAAUCCUUAACUGUUCUGUGCUGUCAGGAAAAUGUAAAUCUAUCUUGGGAAUUCAUGCUAGCAAGGCAUAAGUUUGUUUUAACUUUGAGCAUGUUGGCCAACCAACAGAUAGAUUGGGUCCUAAGACCUUCAGACCUCUGACAGGAAAACAGACACACUUUACAGAGGGGUAGGCAGAGAAUUUUGUUUGUUGUUUUGGAUUAGCUACAUGUCCUGACCUUUCAUUGAGGACUGCAGCAUUUGACAAAGUCAUUGCUGUAGUGCGCUGAUGAAAUCAGCUGGUGUUGACUCUUCUGCACGAGUACAAGGGAUGUACUUUGUCCAAGAAUUGGAACAAAUUCCAAUUUGUUAACAUGAUUAGAAAUUAAAGAUUAACACCUAAAUAUCAGAAGAGGAAUUAUCAAUAUGAAACAUUUUCUUACGAAUCAUAGGUCAAAUGUGUAGAGGCAUUCAUUCCUUAGUACUAUCUUGAGUACAGUGAGACACUAAUGUUAUUAAGCCUGCAGUUUUAGUCAUAUUCAAUACAAGUGACAAUUAAGGGUCAUCUCAGGUGUCUUUAUUACUUACUUAAAAAAUGAUCUGUAUGAAAUUCUUACGUGUAAUACUGAGGAUUUCUCUCUAGCCAUGCUAAGCUUAGCAAGCAGCUGUGUGUGAGAUAAAGAACUUGCCACUUUCUCUCAAUGAACAUAGACACGUACCCAGUUGGAACAGCCACAUGGCUGCACUAAUUUAGCUGAGCUUGGUUGGAGCUGACCACAAGAUGCACAAUUCAUGGAUAGAAUUCAAGUGGAAUUUUAUGUUGGGGCGAGGGACCCUGAUUAAUGCAGUCUGUGUUAGGUAAACUGAACUGUCUCUCUUCUGCAGCAUGUGUUUUGUUGUACUCUUUCCUGAAGCCAAUGAACCAUAUCAAUGAUUUUUACUGAAAUUGCUAUGUGAUGCUUUUAAGUGGUGCUAUGCUGUUUUGGAAGUCAUUUACAACAGUACACUGAUGCUUGUAUGAGUUUUCUGAAAUGGCUUAAUUUGAUUUAAUGAUGAAGUUAGUCACUUGAGUCAGGUUGGAAUCUCCUGUUGCUACAACAGGAGGGGACCUUACAACUAUCUGAACAGGAAUGUAUUUGUAAAGCCUAAAAAAGUAUGCAAUAACUUACAGUUGUUAACAUGACUGAUUUCAUUAUUCUAAUAGUAAUCUGUAGAGUGUGUCUUGCAUCUAGGUGGUAUCCUGUAGAGGCAGGAGUUCUAGCGCUAAUAACAAAUGGUAGGGGUUGCUAAUCACAUUUUUAAGCCCCCUAUCUGUGAGUUUAGGAAUGAUGAAAAUAUCUUUAUCAUGGAACUGUUGGAAGUAGUUUGCAGCUUACUCCAAUUCUCAGUACUUACAGUUUUUAUACACUACAGAUAGUUCAUGAAAUAAAGUAGACACAUCACAACAAGCAGGAAUUGCAAUGAUCUAGAGUAGCUGUUGAAGUGAUCUCAAAGUCUGCUCCUGAAAAAGUUGAGCCCUCAGGAAGGCAAAAGCGAGAUUCAGAAGUGGAAAUUUAAAGGAGGAUGAAAGAUGCACAUUGCUGAGAUACUAACAAUCAAGGCAGCAAGAAAAGUUUUGGAGAAAAAGCCACCUGCAUGUUUGGGACUCAAACCAAUAGUUUCCACUGAAUCCCCAGCUCUGAUUUUUGGGACAACAACUAAACUUGCUUCAGAUUUACCAGCAACUGAUUCUUUCUUGAGUAAAAACAAGGUGCCAGACCUACAGAAACUUUUUCAGAAAGCAGAUGGACUGCCAGUACACCUGAAACGAGGAGUUCCAGAUAAGCUGCUUUAUCGGACCACUAUGGCUCUAACAAUAGGCGGGACAAUCUACUGUCUAGUAGCACUGUACAUGGCCUCACAACCAAGAAACCAAAAGUAAAUGAACCGCAACUCAUGGGACUCAUGACACUUCUCUGAAGGACCUCCUGCACGUAUCUCUUUGCACUUGCUUUAAUUCUGUGAUCAUAUAGGGUUCAUUACUCAGAUCAAAUUUCUCGGAGAAAAUGAUUUUUAAAUUGGUUGCUUUAUGUGUUCUAGAAAUCAAUAUAAACAGGCUUAAAGACAAAAUUUUAACGUAUGGUUGUAGCUUUGCAUGUGUUGUCUUGCAGGAGUGUAUGAACAGUUGGAGAAAGUUAAGCUUUUCCUUCCUUCCCUCCCCCAACUUAAACAAUGUUAGAGAUAGGACAGGACAAAUACUUUGUGGGCUAUGCUCCACAUUCCUUAGUGGGAGGAUGCUGCUGGUUUCCAAAACAGUAAAAGCAAAUAAUGUAAUUAUUAUAACAUACUGGGAGCCUGUUUCUGUCAUACACAGCUCAUUUUACAUAAGCAGGUGGCAGUGGAACUUUUCCAAAUGCUGGUAUAUUAUUAAGUAUUUGUACCUCUGAUGGUAGGACAAAGGGCUUAUCACCUUGGAGCAUUUAAAGUGGAUUUAUUCUGUAAUGUUAGCAUCACUGUACACAGCAUAGUGCAUCAAUAUUGUAGUGUCAAUUAUAACAGUUUUUGGACUUUCAUUUGUCAAACUAUCUUAUUGUGCAA